AACUCGUCCUUGUUGUAGCCUCCCUCCAUCUCUUAACAUUCAACAUGUCAGGUGAUGAAGCUCCUCCUGCUGUUGUUCCUCCCGUUACUGAGCCCUCUGCAAUCCCAGAGGACAUGGAUCUCUUAACAGCAUUGGAGCUGACGCUAAGGAAGGCACGUGCUCACGGUGGUGUGGUCCGUGGUCUCCAUGAAUGCGCUAAGCUUAUUGAGAAGCGUUCUGCUCAGCUCUGUGUCUUGGCUGAAGAUUGCAACCAGCCUGAUUACGUGAAGCUGGUGAAAGCUCUUUGUGCUGAUCACAGCAUUAACUUGCUUACUGUUCCAAGUGCUAAAACCCUCGGUGAAUGGGCUGGUCUUUGCAAGAUUGAUUCAGAGGGUAAUGCGAGGAAGGUUGUUGGAUGCUCGUGUCUUGUAGUCAAGGACUAUGGUGAAGAUACGACUGCACUCAACAUCGUCAAGAAGCAUAUUGAAUCAAAUUAAGUUAGCAAAAGUUAAAUUUUCUGAUGCUUUUCUUGUGGUCAUUUUUCCUCUUUUUAGUUGUUUUUGUUAUUUGAUACAGUACUUGUUAGUGGAAAAAGGUCUUGAGAAUUUUUUUGGAGCAUGAAGUUUUGAUGUUUUACCAUCCCCCUUUAAUUAGUUUUAUCACUCGAUGGUUCUUUUUUCCACAACCAUAACGAUGCUAUUGAAUAUAAGUUUCGAUUGAUACAAGUCUUAUUGUUGUAUUUGACUUCUUAGCGUCUCAUAUGGUUUUGUUUUGACAUCAUGCUGGUUAAGUACUAGAUUGAUUGUAACAUAUAUUUCGCUUGUGUCUAAAGAGGUAACAGCUUUGUAGAUGUAGUUAGAAUGGUCGUUUAUUCAUUCAGUGUUUUUGAAAAUUCUUGAAAACAUCUGUUCUCCAUCUAUGGUUUGGUUUAUUAGAAUCUGUU